UCUGUACUUGUAUAGUGCCUUUCUAGUCUUCUGACCACUCAGAUUGCUUUUACACAUUCACCCUUUCACACACACUCAGAACAGAAACUAACAUUCACACAUUCAAACACCGCCAGAACAGCCAUCCAUGCAAUUUGGGGUUCAGUAUCUUGCCCAAGGACACCUUGACAUACAGACCGCGAAUCAGCGCAGCUCGCACCAAGCAUUAGUCAGUCACACACACUGAGACAAAAUAACCUCUGCCCGCUGCUAAAACACACCUUAAAACAUAAUCGGAAGUUAUCCCUGCAACCUGCUGCAGGCCUGACAGAAUCUUUAAACCUCUCCUCAUUAGUAAAGAAUAUACCAUACAACAACUGCUUAACACAUUAAAACUGGCACCAGUUUGCCUUGACACAAAGGACACAUAUAAACUCACAAACACUCACAUAAAAUGUCACCAGACAGCUAAAAAUCUUACUGAAUUAGCUACAGUUUGCUUCUUGAUCAGUGUUAUAUGAGGUUGAGUGUUGGGUUAAGUUAUUUUCUUUCUUACACUUAAAAUGCUUUGCAAGGACCUAAGCCUCUGCAGGUGCUGGAAAGAUUGUAUGGGGAAAAUUAAUGGGUUUCAAAGAUAGAUGAUGAUUGCACAUUAGCCACAUCUUUCUUGGCCAUGGAAACGAAAUUUGUCAAAACAAUCUCUUGGCAAGGUCUAUUUAGUAACUGUUUGGAAGCUGAUUGUAUGAAACAAAUGUGUUGUUUCGUCUGUUGAAAGAGAGGUUGGAUAUCAUCAAUGUUUUCUCUCCUAGUGCCUUUGUUGCUGCUGGUCUCCUCAGUAGCAGGUGGGGGUCUGCUGCUGCUCCUGCUGGUCUUGGUGGUGGUCUGUCUGGUUGUCAGGAGAAGACGGCGAGCCAAGCAGCCUGGAACCAUCUUCCAAACUCAAUUGUCUGUCAGAGGCAGUAACGAUUAUGAAUAUUACGAAGAUUAUGAUGAUGAGGAGGACUAUGUGAGUGUUGACCCAGUAUACACCAAGGGGAAACUCGAAGAGGAAGCAGGGAGAGGGGAAAAAGAGGAGAGUGAUGAAGAUCAUGAUUAUGAGGAAGCUGGCCCCGAUGCAAAUUCUAUAAAGGCCACAGCGGUCUGUUUCCAUGUGAAGGACAACAGAGAAGAAGAAAGCAGUGAUGAUGAAGAUGACUAUGUAAAUGUAAACCAAAGCAGUGAUGAUGAUGAAGAUGACUAUGUAAAUGUAAACCAAAGCAGUGAUGAUGAAGAUGACUAUGUAAAUGUAACCCAGCCAUUUGUUGAACAAACUGUGGACAUUUAUACGGAAAAUGAGGAUUUAAAUAUGGCAUAAUGUAAAUGUAGGAAUAGAACACCUAAAGGAUCAGUCAGUUGGUUUCUAGAUUCUUAGGUUUGGCAUUUACCUACAUUAACUACCAUCCACUGCUAUAGAUCUAAUUUGUUUACAAUAUUUUAAUAAAGUAGAUGAGUCAAAAAACAACUAUCCCUUUGGUUUUUGAUAUGAAAAUCUGUAACUUC